AUGGACCCAUUGCAGUCGGCCUAUGCUGCAAUGGCUGGUUCCUUUCUUUCAUUAGUGCUGCUCCCUUUGAACAGAAGGUAGACGUUGUGUCUGUUGUGAUAAGAGACGACUACAACUACGAAAUUUUCUCAAUUCUAAGCAGUGCGCGCGCGAACCAGCGUCAUUUUGGCGGGAAAACGUGAUAGCCGUCCUCAUUCUACUGCGAUUUUAAGUGAUAAUAGAGAGCUUUGGAUUUGAGGACGAGAACGAGUAUGAGUACGAGAUUUAACUUUAACUUUUUGCGCGUGUUCUCAAAAAAAAAAAGACAUCCUGGAAAGCUUCAUUUUGAUAACUUGUUGCCGCCACUACGACAUUCUCGCUAAACUUUUAGUAGAAUGACGACGGCUACGUUUUCCCGCCAAAAUGACGCUGGUUCACGCGUGAGCAAUACUCAGUAUUGAGAAAAUCUCGUGGUCGCAGUCGUCCACGUCUCAGAGUCUAGAGCUCUCUAAUGUCGUAGUGGCGGAAACAAGUUAACAAAUGUUAGAAGUUUUAUCAUUUUGCGAUCGAGAGAGGGCUUAAUCUCCUUCAACAAAAGUAAGAGAGCUAACGUUUCUGGUGAAAAAAGGAAAAACGGAGUGAGGGAGUCUCUGUUUUUCCUUUGUCGGGGGGAGGGUGCGGCUACACGUAGGCUAUUGAAGAAGGAGAUCAUUUGGUAAUUAUUUUACUCAAUCACAGUAAAAGUAGACAAUUCGUUGAACCAAUGAGAACACGAAGCUAAUACAUAAAGCCUGUGUAAACCGCGGGAAAAUACAUAUGACAAAGUCGCGAUUGGCUUUCAUUCUUCUUUUGAUUAGCUGAAAAAAAUUACAGCGAAGUUUUAGCCAAAAUAAGACGAUGUAUAAAUAAUAUUUAAUUACGGUGGAAUCCGGUUAAUAUGGACACGGAGUAUUGUUCUUGAAACACGACAAUCGAAUCCACGACUUUUCUUAGUUAGGUACUGACAGUUUUAGUUUGCGAGUCAGGUGGACAGAACCUUUAAAAGGUCAUUCGCCGUUCCUGUCAGGUUUUUUCUAGUAAGAUAUCCAGUCAUGGACAGUGCUUAGAUAAACAGUGUCUGUAAAGCUGGGCUGACGAUAUGUGGGAGUUUGUGACUCGGGAUAUGGGCAAUAUCGGGCUAUCGUUGUCCGUUUUAACCGGUGUCCGUAAAUAGGGGGUUAAUCUAAGAGAAAAUGAAUGAGCUGUUGGUCGGGACAAACGAAAUUGUCAGUUAUAUACGGGUGUUCGCAUUAAGUGGGUGUCUGUAGAGCAGGGUUCCAGUGUAUCUAAGACUGAUUUCAUUUCUCUCUUUCCUUUAUCAAGGUAUUCUCGUGAUACGGACUCCGGUGAUGUGAACUCGAGAAACCAUCACAUGCUCAAGUGUGGAGCGUUAAUUCUGUUUUCUGUUCUCUUGGGAGCCAUGGCUGCUAUGAACUUCUCUCUUGCUUUCUUUGUGGCUAUGUUUCAUGUUCCUGUGUACUUAUUCGUGACUCCUACCCCUAGUAGGUAAGUUGGACGGGCCUCAUCCUCCUUACUUCGGAUCAUUAUACGUCUUUGGGAAACUCACCACCUACCCCUCCCCUAAGCCAACAGUAACGCGUACUCCUCAGUUAGGGGGUUAAUGUUGACUUAGGGGAGGGGUAGGUGGGCAGCAAGAACAGGCGGACACCUCUACUCAUUUUAGGGAGCUUAGGCAACGACGACGGCGAAGUCAACGAGAACGGCAAAGAAGGAAUAGAUUUAAUUAGCAAAACAACAACUUUGCACGUGCAUCAUGCUUUUUUGUACAUUUCUCUCCCGUCGAUGCACGAAUACGACGUGAAAAUGCCUAUUUUCACGUUUUGUGGAGGACGUGAACACAAUACAACGACUUUCUUUUUCUUUUCUUGAACUUCGAUACAGUCCAUUAGAAUUCAACCCCGGAAAAAACUGCCAACAUUUGGCGAAUUGAACGCGAAGGAAUAAAGCGCGACAAAGUUUGAAGCAGCGCAACUUUACUUUUUAACUGACGUUUUCGUAGCCGUCGCCGUCGUUGUUGCUUAAGCUGCCUAAUGAUAAUUUGAGGGCUGUGGCAGAAUUAGCCUGCGAAUACAUUGUCUCUCCUCGCUCCAAGCCGGUACGGACUUUUCUAGCGGCGAGUAGCGAUUAGAGACGGUUAUAUAAGCAGGUUAUAGGAGAAUUGAAAAUUACCAUAUUUCGAUUUGUAAUAGCAAUGUUUUAUCAAUCAGGGUGGUCAUUAGAAUUAAUUAUAAGUAUAUGACUAGCCUGCAGUGCAGGCGUUUUCUUUGAGCGCGAUAUUUGCUCGCGAAAGUGCCAUGUUGAAACUUCCCGAAGAGAGGUUACUAUUUCUACUCUCCCCAAUCUUCCACUGUCAUAAAAUCAAAGAUGGCGGCUACAACAAUAUUACGAACACGAACAAGGUUUCGCCCACCCAAAAUACGCCUGCACUGCAGGCUAGUAUAUGACCACUCAGGAUUAUUUCUCAAUCAAGAAAUAUCAAAUAAUUCUCCUCGCCGCCUCUAUUAAAAAAAGUAGGGGAUUAGAAAGGAGAAUUUUUAUUUUGGUAUUAAGCCAAAGGGUUAAAAGGAUAAUCUAACGACAUUCUUCAUAAGAAUAAAGCCGAUUUGAUACCAUAACGUUUUCUUGAUAAGAAAAUUUAUAAGGGGGAAGUUCUUUACUAUUUAAGGGAAAAGUUCUUGCAUCUUCCCUUUUACACGAGCACACGCCAACAGGCGGCUACUUAUUGAUGUGUUGAAUGUUUUCCGACUUUGGCAUCCAUUUUGAAUUUUGUGGUCAGCUGUAAAUAUUGUAAAUAUCUUAUUAUCCACUCCCCACAGGGCUUUUCAGGGAUAAUUUACAACACUGGUUGGGGGACUUUGCCAGACUGCUUAAGGUGCAGUUUACAAGUACUGAAGGAAUGAAUGAUGAUGCCCCCAUACAUGAGUGUGAAAGUGAGAUAGACCACUACGCCGGGCACUACGUGCCCUACUCUUUACGAAGAGUGUGUGGGUUCUUUAACGUCCCACAGGUUUAUUACAUGUGCAAGAGCUUGUGAGACGGGGCCUACGGUUUAUCGUCCUUAUCCGAGAGCUACUGCCAGGUUUGGAAACGAAAAAUCUUCGGAGCCCCUCAUAUUAGUUAUUCUCGGGAAACGAUCGGAUUUUCCAAUGUUUUCCGAAUUUCCAACUGUCCCAGACCCUCAAAAUUCUCGGUUGCAGUCUUCCCACCAGCUGCCCGAAAAAUUCAAAAUGGCGGUCAAAGAAAAUACUUUCCACGCAUCGAUAAGUAGCCCCCUGUAAUAAAGUACUCUUUAUUCAAUUAUAAUAAUCUUAUUAGAUGUAUGAGCCCACAGUGUACUCCUAGUACAUAAUGGCUCUGCAUCUCAAUCUUAUUUUCUGCGUUUGCAGAACUCGUCGCCUCCUGCAGGCUCUUCUGCUACUCCUGGUAUCUCCACCAAUGGUUCUCUUGCUGCUGUUACUAGGAUACAACACACUCACGGCGGGGAUCGACGCCGAUUUCGCCUCUGUUCUAUCAGCCACUCUCAUCACAUUCCAUCAAGCCGUGACCUCAUCAAUCCGAGAAGCCCACUUGUUAGGCACGUGGUCAUACGCUAUGACGUGUCUCGGUGUUUUGCCAAACUGGCUCAUGUUUUGGUGUUUAGCGUGGUAUUGA